AUGGGAACGAGCUCGUCUAAGAUUCUGGAUCCUGAGGAAGUAGCUGAUAUCUCCACGGAAACCGGAUUUACCCCAAAACAAAUCCAUCGUCUUUAUAAUCGUUACUCCGCCCUUGACCGAUCCCAUGCUGGUUACUUACAACGUCAAGACUUUCUCCUUAUACCGGAAUUAGCUAUCAAUCCCCUGGGUGAUCGUAUUAUCAAUGAAUUCUUUAAAGGGGGGGAAGAAUUGAAUUUUCGAGAUUUCUUGAAGAAGGUUGCUCGUUUCCGGAAGCCAAGUUCAAACGGUGUUACUGAAUACAAUAAUCGAGAAGCUAAGCUCCAAUUCUUAUUUGGCAUGUACGAUCUUGAUAUGGACAAUAGAAUCUCUAGAAGUGAACUUCUCAGUGUACUACAAAUGAUGGUUGGAGCUAGCGUUACCAUGGACCAGAUUAACCGAAUUGGUGAGCGAACGAUGGCUGAGGCCGAUGUAAAUGGUGAUGGCUAUAUUACUUAUGAAGAAUUCAAAACUGUAAGUGUCCUUUUAUUUACCGAAAUUUCAAGCGUAUAA